UUUACAGUUACAGUUGUUUUCUUACGCCUGUCAUGGUGAAAACGUGUUAAACUCAACGUAUGAUGAAGUUUUAUCAAUUUGUGCUAUGAAAUCAUUAAUGUCACUCCUUAAACGUUUAUGUUUUAACUUUCGGAGCAUGAUUCACUCUGAUUGGCUGUCUUCGCGUGCAAAAUGAGCACUGAGGUCUGUCCAUUCUGCGGGAAGGCUUUCAAAAGGCUUAAAAGUCACCUGCCGCAUUGUAAGGCAGCAUCGAGCUCCAAAAAACUUCCAACCAAACAUGAAGUCACAGCAAAUCAGACACAAUCAUCCUCACAGCUGGCCGCAGCCUCGUCUGAAUCAACAGCAGUGGAGAAAAAGUCGACUCAGACAUUGCAAGUAGCAAGUCCACAAUCAAAGAAGAGCAAAAAGAUGUCAGAGGUAUCAUCAGCACCUGUGAAUUCAUCAUCUGUAUCACAGUCAUCGUCCCUGAGCUCUGCAUUACCUUUAUCAUCAUCCAAGAAGAAACAAAAGCUGUCAGAGCAAAUCAAGAUGGCUACGUCUACCUUGCCCAUCUCUCCAUCACUAUCCCCAUCCUCUAAAAACUCAGAGCCUAAAAAGAAGAGUCUCCGGGCUUUGAUCGAAGCUGCAAAGUCCAACCAAGUUCCUACAGCAUCACUGGAAGGGACAACUCCCUCUGAUCUUUUGGGUGUAACUCCAGCUGUGACGGAUCCUCCAAGCUCCAGGACCAAAACAGACAAACAGACUGACAAAGACAGAAUAAAAGAAAACUCAAAUCUUGAGUAUUUUUCUGCAGACUCCAAGCCAAAAGUUUCAUAUAAAAUGAAGGCAACAAAGACAAAGAAGGCCUCACAAUCACCUUCUACAUCCAAAGAAACCUCUUAUUUGAAUCAAAGUACUGCAAAACCAUGUAUAAAGGACAACUUCGGGCUAGAAGAUGAGGAGGAAGUUGCAGAUUUAUCUGUGAAUAAGAUGUUCUCAAAAUCAGGAAGUGGUCAGCAGACCAGGAUUACACUCCAGGAUGUUAAAACCACAUUAGGCAGAGCUAAGAGCAACCGUCAGAGCAUCCUGAGCCAGAUUCAAACUGAAGAUCUAGGCAGCAAAAUCAGCCCUGAAGUCUCAAAAAGAAAUCAAGAAAGCAGUCUGGUGUCAGCUGCAACUCUCGCAGAGAAGUCUUUAAGUGUCAUUUCACAAAAUACAGAGCUGAAAUCAGUUAUGAGGAAAAGCUCAAAGCCUAAACAAGCAGCUUUAAUCCUUCUGAAACAUGAAGGCGCACCUCAGCCUGGACUAAACUCUCCGAAAGCUCCCGUCCUUCCUGGUUACCUGUCCUCGCAAGUGAACCAAACAAUGCCCCCUUCGCACACCGUCAGUGUUAAUGAGGGGUUGAAGGUGGAGCCAAGCAAGACAGGACUCCUCACCAUAUCUCCGUCACUCAUCCAGUUGUCGAGUCCUCACAUUUCUCGUCCUUCACUGCAGACUCUUGAAGCAUUCAGAGCUGAGGAUGGGUCACAGCUGGAGGCUAGGAGGCAAAUCACAGCUCAAAAUGGAGCAAAAGGUACUCUGACUGAUAAAAGUCUCGGACAGGUGAGACUCAGGGAGUUACCUGAGUGGCUAACCUACAAAACUCCCACCCAUCCAAGAGAAGUGAUGGAAAUGUGUCAAAGAGGCUGGCAGUGGUAUUAUAAGAGAUAUAUUGAUGUGAAGAAAGGUGGUGUGGGUGGAGUGGGCAUGUUGUUAGCAGGAUACUGUGUGCUCAGCUACAUCUGGAGUUACCCUCAUAUAAAGCGUGAUCGUUGGAGGAAGUACCACUAAAGCCACAAGAGGAUGAAUGUACGAGAGAGAGAGACUCUGAAUGAGCGGACGUUUUCUAGGCUUUUAGGUUAUUGGACUAUAUAAAUAU